AGCUAAAUUCGUAAGACAACAAUUAAUAUUAUCUCCUUAACAAAAAUAUAAAUAUGUUCGCAAAUAGUUAAUUUUUUGUUAGGAAAUUCUAAGAGGAAAUGUACUCUUCGCUUGUCAAGUCAAGACAGCAACACCCACAGUGGCGACACCUGACAUGCGUUACACAGCGAAAGGAGAGCGACAUCUUGAGUGGCCUUUCGUUGUAAAAUCAACUUGGCAGCACCGAGGAGAGCUAGUCAUGUAUUAGCAGAGAACGAAAAAUAUUAGUUUUUCUUUCACAUCAUUUUGUCGCGGACGGGGAAAAUUUUUGGUCGCAGUGAAAUUGAUAGUUUUUUGUUUUGUGCAAUUCUAAUUGGAAAUUAACAAGAACUAAAUAAAAUCAACUAACAGUGUUGAAUGCAGAUUGUGCAUUACCACUGCUAGCGACGGCCAAAAGUAGCCGCACCGCAGACAGUUUCUGGCAAAUCGCUCAACAAAUUACAGCGUAUAACCAAAGCAAAUUUAAAUAGAACCAACAAACAUGUCUUCGGUUACACAGCACACGGGCAAUCAGCCGGUGGCGCAACAGAAUGGUAAACAGCAAUCAAAUGCAGCCAACUCUGCAGGCACAACCACCACCAACAAUAACAUACACGACAAAGUGGCCGGCGGCAAUGGGUCCGCUGGCAAUGGCGCCGGUGGUGCGAACUCAGACACGCCAUCACAACAAAGCCCCACCAAAAAGACAGGUCUCUCGACUAAAGAGCGCGUGAUUGACAGUGUACCCUUUCCGCCGAGUCGCAAACUAACUGUGGCCGAUGUAUUUGAUGCACGCACCGGUAAGCCACAACAUGACGUACUUAAACAACACUUUAUACUCGAGGGACGCAUCGAGGAUGCCGCAGCUUUGCGUAUCAUCCAAGAGGGCGCUGCUUUGUUGCGGCAAGAAAAGACCAUGAUCGAUAUCGAGGCACCGGUAACAGUGUGUGGCGAUAUACAUGGUCAAUUCUAUGAUCUAAUGAAGUUGUUCGAAAUCGGUGGUUCACCCGCCUCUACCAAGUAUCUCUUCCUGGGCGAUUAUGUGGAUCGAGGUUACUUUAGUAUUGAGUGUGUUUUGUAUUUGUGGUCAUUGAAAAUCACAUACCCGAAUACAUUAUUCUUACUGCGUGGCAAUCACGAAUGCCGACAUUUAACAGAGUAUUUCACUUUCAAACAAGAGUGUAAGAUCAAAUACUCGGAACGUGUUUAUGAUGCAUGCAUGGAUGCUUUCGAUUGUUUACCUCUAGCGGCUUUAAUGAAUCAACAAUUUCUGUGUGUCCAUGGUGGUUUGUCACCGGAAAUACACGAACUGGAAGAUAUACGUCGUUUGGAUAGAUUUAAGGAGCCACCAGCAUUCGGACCUAUGUGCGAUUUAUUAUGGUCAGAUCCCUUAGAGGAUUUUGGAAAUGAGAAAAAUUCCGACUUCUACACGCACAACUCGGUGCGCGGCUGUUCGUAUUUCUAUAGUUAUGCAGCAUGCUGUGACUUUUUGCAAAAUAACAAUCUUUUAUCGAUUAUACGUGCACACGAGGCGCAGGACGCCGGCUAUCGCAUGUAUCGCAAAAGUCAAACCACUGGGUUCCCAUCGCUAAUUACUAUCUUCUCGGCACCGAAUUAUUUAGAUGUAUACAACAACAAAGCGGCGGUGUUGAAAUAUGAAAAUAAUGUAAUGAACAUCAGACAGUUCAACUGUUCUCCACAUCCUUACUGGCUUCCCAAUUUCAUGGACGUAUUCACUUGGUCGUUGCCGUUCGUGGGCGAGAAAGUUACCGAAAUGCUGGUGAAUGUAUUGAAUAUUUGCUCGGACGAUGAACUCAUGACCGAGGAAAGUGAAGAGCCGUGCUCCGAUGAUGAAGCGGCGUUACGCAAGGAAGUCAUACGAAAUAAAAUACGUGCGAUCGGUAAAAUGGCGCGUGUAUUCUCAGUGUUACGUGAAGAAUCUGAAUCUGUACUGCAAUUGAAGGGACUCACACCAACUGGUGCACUACCUUUGGGCGCACUAUCUGGUGGCAAGCAGUCGUUGAAGAAUGCGAUGCAAGGCUUCUCGCCCAAUCACAAGAUCACUUCAUUUGCCGAAGCGAAGGGUCUGGAUGCUGUGAACGAGCGCAUGCCGCCGCGACGCGACUCGACGCCAUCGCCCGCUGAGGAGGGACAAAAGUCGUUGUCGGCUGCCGCUGCAGCAGCGGCGAAUGCCAAUGCCAACGCCAAUGCGAAUGCAAUCAAUGGAUAAUUCUAAGUCCAUAGUGUUUUAGUAGCCAUGUAUGUCUGUAUUUAGCCUAAGCGGCCGAUUGCAACGUUACGUUUCAUAAUAACAUUGUGUUUGUUGUACUACGGGUAAUACAUAUACGAGUAAACGAGUGGUCUAGCCACCAGCCAGUGGCGUAAAUAUUUGAAGAAGCGGUGAAAUGAGCGUAACUCUUAAGUUAAUAAACAAUUCAAAAGUUUAGGUAUGAAAUAUCAAAAUACAAAUUGAAUGCAUCGUGGAGUUGUGUCAAAAGUAUAGCAGAAGCAGAAGAAGAAGAAAAGUAAACAUUAUUAAAUUAAAUAUACAUAAAUGAAAACAAAAGCAGAAAAAAGGAAGGAAAUGAAAGAAUUUCAUAGAAAAUUUAAUAAAUAUCUCGUCGUUGUUAUUUCAUCUCGUCCUACUUUCGAUGCACGGUCGUACGCUAUUUUAUUCAAUGUAACUGAAACUGGAAACGCAUGCAUCGGCGAUGCCCUACUGCAUUGGUGAUCCGUGCUAAAACGGUAAUAUUUUGUAUUUACCGUUAGUAUAUAAUACAAGCAGUUCAAGUGCAUACACACCCGUCCACACAUAUAGACAUUAACAUGGCUUUGUGUCGUGUAGGGGGGCAUGUGUGGAGCGAGCUUCACGCAUUGAUGGCGUCGGCGCCGUGCACACUCAUCUGGUGAUCGUUUUGUGGUCUUAUACGUGCCAUCUUCGUUGUAGUCAUACAUACAUAUGUAAUUGCUGCCUUUAUUCGUUCUGUUCGCUCGGUCCUACAUAUACAUAUAUAUUUUAUCUAAGUCAUAUAUGCAUUUUCCAAAAAUGCCUAACAAUUAGAAGAAAAAAAAAACGUAUUUGUAAAGCGAUUUAUUGUAAAAAAAAUAUAUAUAUUUUAGUUAACAUGUAGUUAAAAAAAAUAGUAUGUGUAAACCCCUGUUCAACUGGCAGGGAUGCUGUUGCUAACAAUGAUUAUAUACAUACAUACAUACGUAGUAUAUGUAUAUGUAGUAUCUAUAAGAUACAAACAUAUAUAUAAAUUUUCUACUUUCUAGCGCUUGAGGAGUGAAACAGUGUAUGCUCUCGUUAUAAGAAGUUUGUCCAACCGCACUCACUUCGCUCUAUACAUGUAUAACUAUGCAUAUUGCCUAACUCUCACACUCUCUCUCUAUCUAUCUAUCUAACUCUCAAUUACUUAGACCGAGCCGAAAAAGAAUCUCGAAAUAAUCAUAAAGCUUAGCAAUUUUUAUUUUGGUAUUUUUAUAAUGAUUACAUGUAAUCUAUAUUGAUCUACAAAUUAAUAUUUACAAAUACUAUGCAUAAAAUGAAAAUAUGAAUAAAGAAUGAUUGUUAACCAAUUGUGUGCAGAUCGCAUUAAAAAUUACUUAGUUAAUUGUUAAUCAAUGAGUAGAGACUAUCAUUUUUGGUUUUAUAUUAUUUCCUUUCUAUGUAAGCGAAAUGUAACUAUCUACUAUAAAGAAUUUAAUGAAAUUUUUCUUAAAUAAUAUUACAUUUACUUAUAAUUGAAAUGUGAAUUUACAAUUAAGAUUAAAGCUAAAUAAAUAAAUAAAAUUAAAUAAAUAAUAAAUGAAUAAGUUAAAUACAACAAAAAUACAAAAAAUAUAUAUAUGCAGAACAGAGAAAAAAUGUUGAAACUAGUAUCAACGCAAUCAGCAAAGCAAAUGCUAAGUUAAUAAAAGCAAAGUACAUGCAUACAUACUUUUUCAUUAAUUCAAAAUUAUUAUACAUAUAUAAAUAUAAAACUUAUAGCAAUUUGAAGUACUUUACAUUAUAGAAAUACGUACAUAUAACUUUAAAUAUCGCCCAAAGUACAGCAAAGAUAAAACAGUUUAAACUCAAUGCACGAAUACACAAAAUUAACCAGAGACUUUCGGUAUAUAAGCGCUGCAAAACUGUGUUUUCAAACAAAAUUGGUGUCUGAUUUUCCCACAACUUUGUUAUUAUUAUUAUUUUUUGUUAAUGAAUUUUAUUUGUGUAGACAUAUAAAGACACAUAAGUACUGACAUAAAAACGUAAUUCGCAAGUAAAAAUUAUCGUUAUCGUUAUCGUUUUUCGUAUUUUAAUUAUGUUUAGAAAUCGUUAAACAAAUAACUGUGAAUUUAAUUAAACAUUUUUAGUUAGAUGAUUUAUUAGUUUUGAACUCUUAGUAUAAUGAUUGAUGAUACCCACAAAUUUUGAACGUAAGUUUGAUAAAGUAAUAUGGCAAGAAAUGUUCACAGUUCACAAACUUAGUUUUGAGAAAAACGCUUUUGAAGUUUUACGCUCAAUUUAUCAAGCGCUUGCAGCUGCUGCUAGCUACCUGUUUUCAAACGUUCCACAGCGGCCGAAACCCCUUUACUAAUUAUCGAAUGACUCACAAAGUAUUUGUCGCUCUUACUUCAAAUACUCAGUGAAUAUUUCUAAGAUAUUAUACUUAAAGAAUGUGCAAGACAAAUCGAAAAUUCUGACUACACCUUACCCCUUAGAUAAUUGAGAUAUUUUCAUAAUCUUUUUUAUUAAACAUGAGAAAACCUAAUUUUUUUUUAAAUUAACGUAACCACAUUUUAUAAAUUCAGUUUGUGAGCAGUGAAGAUCAGCAAUAAAUUUUGAUUACUAAAAAAUUUUUAAUUUUUUUCUGAAUAUUAUAAGUUUUUGAACUUUUCGUAAAUUUGCUCAUGAGAACUUAUUAUUAAUUUUCAUAAUGAUAGCACAAACUGAAAUUAUAGAAGAGUGAAAUAAAAGCAAAUUGAUUACAGCUCGAAGAAUUAAAAGGAAAAAUUUGUGAACAGGAGUGAGAGAACAGAGCUGAAAUUGACUAAAACAAUCUAUUUUAAUUUGUUAGAAAGUAUAAGUUUCAUACUUGAAAACUACACAAUAUUAUGAAAGAGUUCUUAUAUUUCCUUUCCGAAAUCUAACCUCAAUAUUUUUGUUAUGUAAAAUAAUAAUUUCUUAUGAUGAAAAUACUAGAGGAAGUUCGAUCAUUUGUUCAAUACAUGUUUAACUUAUUUAAUGCCUCAAAACACAUUUUCAUUAAAAAAAAAAUUUGUUUUCAUAACAGACAUCGCAAAGAGCAAAGCGAAAAACAAUUGCACUGACUCCGUUUUAAUAGCGAAAAGCAGCUGCGAAAGUCUCUAUAGUAAAGCAACAAGAAAUUCAAACACAUAAUAUCAAAAUAUAACAUACAUAUACAUAUAUAACAAAUAUACAUAUUAGGAAAUUAUUAUGAACAAGUUUGUAAUCGUCAGAGAAUGUUGCGAAAAAAGUCGUAAAAACUUAUACACAAAAAUGUAGUUUGAGUGAGGGAAUACAUAUAUUGUGAGAAAAAGAAAAUCGAGAACGCCAUAAAUAAAAAACAAAAAUUGCAAAGUAGCAGAGAGCACAUCUUCAUUUCUAGAUAAAUCUUUAAAAUUUUUAAAUUUUAUUGUAAAAGUUACAUAUUAAUUACGUAUAUCGUAAAAAAAAAUUAAACAAAAACAACUUAAUAACAAUCCAAAUCAUAUUGCAAAGCAUUAAAAAGUCAUGCAAAAAGUAAUAAACAAUUAUUAUAAAAACAACAAAUAGCAAAACCAAAAGAAAACAAAAAAAUCAACAAAAAAAUAUUUGCGAGCAAGAAAUUACCUUUUAACGGUAUACAAAUCUUAAUGCAAUCCCUUAUAAAAUUUUUAAACAUUUAAGUAACAAAACCAAAUUAUCAAUGUUAUUUAAAUAAAAAGUAUAAUAAAAACAACCAAACGUUUACAGACUACAAAAUUGAAAACAAAAAAAUAAUAACAAUAAAAAAGAAACAAAAACAAAACAAAAUAUAAGUACCUAUCCUCAAAAUAAAAUGCGCACAUUUAUUUAUUUCCUUUCAAA